AUGGCUAUAGAGCAGGAAUUGUCCCUGGGGCAGAAUACGAAUAGCAACUCCAACCCAGUUGAUGGCGGGGAUGUUCGAGGGGAGGGUGGAGAUGAGGGAGGGAAAGCGCCGAGACUGCCUCGGUGGACAAGACAAGAAAUUUUGGUUCUGAUACAGGGAAAGAGAGACGCUGAGAACAAGUUCAGGAGGGGUCGCACGGCGGGAUUGCCAUUCGGGUCGGGUCAGGUGGAGCCCAAAUGGGCAUCAGUUUCUUCCUACUGCAGAAAGCACGGAGUCAACAGAGGUCCGGUUCAGUGCCGGAAAAGGUGGAGCAAUUUAGCCGGAGACUAUAAGAAGAUCAAAGAAUGGGAGUCUCAGAUAACGGAGGAGACAGAUUCCUUUUGGGUCAUGAGAAACGAUUUAAGGAGAGACAGGAAAUUGCCCGGAUUUUUCGACAAGGAGGUCUAUGAUAUUCUCGAUUCAGGCUCCCAGGCGCCGGCGUUGUCUCUCGCUCUUUCGUCGCCUCUAUCAACCACAGUAACGGUGUGCAAGGACAUGGACAUGAACAACCCGGACCCGGACCCUGACGCUGCCCCUACCCCCGCUCCUGCCGAGCCUGAGGAGCCUCAUCUCUACAAUAAUCGAAGUGCGCCUGUUGAGGAUGGCUUGUUCUCAGAUUUCGAACAAGAUGAGGUCGCGGCCAGUCCUGAGAAGAAGGAUGUUUUGCCGCCUUCCAAAAGGGACAUUCCUGCCCCAUUUCCUAUCUCAGGUUCAAAUUUCAUUCCACUCCAUGUUAUCUAA